UUUCCGCUCGGGAUCCCGGAGCCCUCAGGGCCGCGGUACCGCGGGGCGGCGGCGGCGGCGGCCCCGGCAGCGCGGCUCGGGCGGGGGAACAUCGCCGUCCCCUCACGGCCCCGUGUGUUCUCUCCGCAGGGAGCUCGGCUCGCCCUUCCGCCGCUCGGCAGGCCCGGCGGGUGCCCGGGGCCGCAGGGUUUUCUCAAUAGCAAAACAGAAAAGAUGUUGGAUAUUAAGGCUUGGGCCGAGUACAUCGUGGAGUGGGCUGCCAAGGACCCCUACGGCUUUCUCACGACCGUGAUCUUGGCUCUCACGCCGCUGUUUGUCAUUAGUGCGGCGCUGUCAUGGAAGCUUGCAAAAAUGAUUGAGGCCCGGGAACGAGAGCUGAAGAAGAAACAGAAACGCCAGGAGAAUAUUGCAAAGGCCAAACGAACAAAGAAGGAUUAAAUGGGCAAAAAUGGUCUUCCUUGUGCAAAGAAUCCACUUUUAAAAUUAAAUACUUGUACAUUCUGUUUUGCAACUGUC